AUGAGUCAAAAACCGUUAGACUUGGAGGCAGCAAAACCAUCUGCUGAAAGCAUCAAUGAUCCCAAUGUCGUCACCUGGGAUGGACCACAAGACCCAGAAAACCCAAAGAAUUGGCCAACCAAGAUCAAAUGGCGAUACACGGUAGCCGUGUCUCUCUUUACAUUCAUUUCCCCUGUUUCCUCGGCCAUGAUUGCGCCAGCUCUAUCCAAGUUGGGCGAAGAUCUCAACAUGAACAGUAGACUUGAGAUAGAGUUGGCACUUUCCAUCUUCAUCCUGGCGUACGCCGUCGGUCCAUUAUUCUUUGGGCCUGCAUCUGAACUUUACGGUCGUGUACGUCUGCUACAGCUUAGCAAUAUAUGGUAUCUGGCAUGGAAUCUGGGUUGUGGCUUUGCACAGAACCCGGCCGAGUUAUUCGUCUUUCGCUUUCUAGCUGGGAUCGGCGGGAGUGCUCCUCUUGCUCUGGGAGGAGGUGCUAUUAGUGACACAUGGAGCGCUGACGAACGCGGCAAGGCCAUGGGAAUCUACACUCUCGCACCGCUCCUGGGUCCGGUUGUUGGGCCGAUUGCUGGGGGCUUCAUUGCCGAGUAUAGCACAUGGCGUUGGGUGUUCUGGUCAUCUAGCGUUGCGGCAGUGUUUAUCCAGGUCGUAGGUUUACUCUGGCUCCGCGAAUCACACCCAGGCACAUUGUUACGAAGGAAGCGAGAUUGUCUUGUGAAAGCUACAGGAAACCACAAACUCCACACUGGGAAUGCCGAGCCGGAAACUCUUGCCAGCAAACUUGGUGGAGCUGUGGCACGACCAAUUCGCAUGUUCACGACCCAGCCCAUCAUCACGGUCAUUGCGUUUUACAUGGCCUAUCUCUUCGGGACGCUGUAUCUGAUGCUAGCCACCUUCCCAAGCAUUUGGACGGAAUGGUAUGGCGAGAGUGUGAGUAUAGGUGGGCUAAACUAUCUCUCUAUUGCCAUUGGCUCUUUCACGGGUCUUAUUCUCAACUUCUUCUUCAUCGACCGAAUUUACCGUCACCUCAAAACAGAAAACAACGGUAUCGGUCGGCCCGAGUUCCGAAUGCCAACCAUGUUCAUCGGAUCGAUCAUGGUCUCCGUCGGCCUGUUCUGGUAUGGUUGGAGCGUACAGGCGCGGCUACACUGGAUCAUGCCCAACAUCGGUGUCGCCAUCUGCUCGGCAGGGACCAUGGGAUGUUUGCAGGGCAUGCAGACUUACACCGUGGACAGCUACCCGACUUACGCGGCCAGUGCCAUGGCUGCGUGUGCGCUUCUCCGCAGCCUGGCCGGCUUUGGAUUUCCUCUCUUCGCUCCGUACCUGUACAGAGACCUAGGUUAUGGUUGGGGGACCAGCGUUCUCGCCUUUAUUAGCAUUGGCGUGGGUAUUCCGGCGCCUUUUCUCUUUUGGGUUUUCGGAGACAAGCUGCGAGCUAUGUCGAGAUAUGCUGCAAACUGA